GAGAUCAGCUGUGCUUCUCUGGCCUCAGCUCUGAAGUCCAACCCCUCCCAUCUGAGACACCUGGACCUGAGUGACAACAACAAGCUGCAGGAUUCAGGAGUGAAGCUGCUGUGUGGUUUUCUGGAGAGUCCACACUGUAGACUGGAGACUCUGAGUUUGAGUUCCUGCAGGUUGUCAGAGAUCAGCUGUGCUUCUCUGGCCUCAGCUCUGAAGUCCAACCCCUCCCAUCUGAGACACCUGGACCUGAGUGAAAACAACCUGCAGGAUUCAGGACUGAAGGAUCUGUGUGGUUUUCUGCAGAGUCCAGACUGUGGACUGGAGACUCUGAGGUUGAGUCACUGCAGGUUGUCAGAGAUCAGCUGUGCUUCUCUGGCCUCAGCUCUGAAGUCCAACCCCUCCCAUCUGAGAGAGCUGGACCUGAGUGAAAACAACCUGCAGGAUUCAGGAUUGAAAGAUCUGUGUGGUUUUCUGCAGAGUCCAGACUGUGGACUGGAGACUCUGAGUUUGAGUCACUGCAGGUUGUCAGAGAUCAGCUGUGCUUCUCUGGCCUCAGCUCUGAAGUCCAACCCCUCCCAUCUGAGACACCUGGACCUGAGUGACAACAACCUGCAGGAUUCAGGACUGAAUCAUCUGUGUGGUUUUCUGCAGAGUCCAGACUGUGGACUGGAGACU